CGUUUGUAUCGAAUAUUGGUUUAAAACAGACAUUUACUUGCACUUCGUUGCACAGUUGUUAUUCUGAUUUUUCUGGGGUCGUCUUUUGGUGUUAGGACGUUAAAAAAUUUAGACACAUUUCGGAAACCUUUUUUGAGACAUUGUAUUUCUUAAAUUGUGUUUAGGAAAUUGUGUUUCUUAAAUGGACGAAGCUUAUCACAUCCGGUGUUAUGGAACCGCCAUAAACAACGGGUUUGCCGAGGGUCCCAACAAAUUCUUAAUCCUCACCGAACCCGGGAACGACGUUACCCAACUCCAAAUCGGAUUUGAAGGUCCUUCCUCCCCUGAUGUCAAAUUAGUCACACUUUCCAACAAUAAUGUCAACGUGACCUUUGUCCCCAUCGUGGGAGGAGACUACAGGAUCCACAUCCUCUACAAAGGUCACCACAUAUAUGCAUCCCCUUUCAAAUGCAAAAUUGUGGGCGACGUGGCUUCCAACGUGAAGAAGAUGGUAUGCGGAGGUGCCACCACGAAAGGGAAGGUUGGGCAGGAUAACAGUAUCACUCUAGAUGGCAGAAAGGUCGGGAUUUCAGGUGGUCUCUCCGCGCGCCUCGUGGGUCCCGCCAUGUCCACGCUGACCUUCCUGUAUAAUGAGGAUGCUACAAUUACUCUCGGGUACAACGUUACGAGGCCAGGGCUUUACAAGCUCUUCUUAAAAUUUCAACAUUUCUCCGUUCCCGGAAGUCCAUUCAGCAUUUUGUGUACCUGAGAUGUUGCGGGGGAUGGAUACAUUAUUUUAUUUCUGUAAAUAUGUACUACUCAUCGCUUCAUAGGCAUGAUAUUUACAAUUUCGUCUAAUAUCUCACAGUAAUAAUUAUUUUUUAUUUAUAAGUCUAAGUCUAAGAAGUUUAAUUAUUUUAAAUUCAAGAUAACCAAUUAACUUACUACCCUACAUAAACCCAACCUUUCAUUAUUUCACUAUACGCAAAGAAAUACCGCGAAGCCAAAGGAGUCUCACGUUUAAAUUACUAAACCGCGCUAGGCAAACCUCGCCAUGACAGACAUUAUUAAAAAAAUAUUUUUCUUAUUUUAAACAAUUGUUUCGCCCCAGUGAUGCUGAGAAGUAAAAACUAUUGGUACAAUCAAAUUUAUUUUAUUUAAUUGUGUCAAAAGUAUUAAAAGUGCGGAGAAUGAAUAAAGAUAACAAUUAGUUAUAUGCUUCAAUCGA